CCCGCCAGCUUCUACGUCAAACUCCGCUCGGCAAUCGCCCUAACCGGUUCCUUCCAGGACAUCCCGGCCAGCUUCGUGGUGCACAAGGCGGGACCACUCCUCCUCGGCCUCCUGGAAACCCACCUGGAAUUCUGAAAAAAAAUGUCACUCUGCAAAGCCUUCGGCAAGGACAAGGUGAUCUUCGCCACGGCGGAAGAUCACGCCACUCCCAGCACGGUGCAGCUGCCCGAGUCGGAACCGCAGCCCGGACUCAUCCUGGACAACGGUGACAUCAACUGGAACUGUCCCUGCCUGGGCGGGAUGGCGACCGGACCGUGCGGGGUCGAGUUCCGGGAGGCAUUUUCCUGCUUUCAUUACAGUGAAGCGGCUCCAAAGGGCUCGGACUGUUACGACGCGUUCAAAACGAUGCAGGACUGCAUGGGCAACUAUCCGGGCGUGUACGCCAAGCAGAACCAGCGGGAUGGGGACGACGAUGACGAGGACGACGGGUUGGAUAUGGGCGCGGCGAUGGCUGGGGCGGAACAGGAAAGUCCGGACAAGGUGUCGGUGGACAGUGUUGGUGCGACCGAUGCGGGAUCGUCGGCGGCAGUGGUGCAGAAAUCCGUUUAAGAAGGACAUUGUAAGAGGAGUGUGUUUGGUAGUUUUAAAUAAAGUUCUGUUCGAUUAGUGGAAUUUA